AUGUCUCGUAACUCAGACAGUCCAGUUCAAACCCAAAUGGCAGUCGCUGUUUUCAACAGUCCCUUAGGGAGAGAAUACCAUGGAACCAGUAAAAUGGAAGGGAUGAAGCAUUUCACAGGAAGAAGACGAGUCUUUGUUCAAACUGAAUCCGGUUGUGUCUUAGGAAUGGAGCUAGAUCGAAGUGACAAUGCUCAUACAGUCAAACGAAGGUUACAAAUAGCUCUCAGUCUCCCAAUUGAAGAAAGCUCUCUAACUUUUGGUGACAUGGUUUUAAACAACGACCUCAGUGCCAUUCGUGACCAUUCUCCUCUUCUCUUAACAAGAAACAUCUUACACAGAAGCUCUUCAACUCCAUGUUUAUCCCCAACUGGUAGAGACAUCCGCCAAAAAGACCAAAGUGUCCCCGUUGAAAUCCUGGGGCAUUCUAGUAAUUUCAACCAAACAAAACCGCUCGUUGAUGAAGUUGUGAACGCGAUAAUCUCCGGGGUUGACCCGAUUCCGGUCAACGGUGGUCUUGGAGGUGCUUAUUAUUUCAAAAACUGUCAAGGUGAAAGUGUCGCUAUUGUAAAACCAACAGAUGAAGAGCCUUUUGCACCUAAUAAUCCAAAAGGGUUUAUUGGGAAAACCCUUGGUCAACCAGGGUUAAAACGGUCAGUUCGCGUUGGUGAAACUGGUUUCAGAGAAGUAGCAGCUUAUCUUCUUGAUUAUGAUCAUUUUGCUAAUGUCCCCCCUACAGCUUUAGUCAAAAUCACACAUUCAAUCUUCAAUGUCAAUGACAGUGUUUGCAACAACAACAACAAGAACAAGAACAAUAACAAUAACAAGAAGAAAACAGAAAGAAAGAAGAAGCUGUUUAGCAAGAUUGCUUCAUUUCAGCAAUUCAUCCAGCAUGAUUUUGAUGCAAGUGAUUAUGGAACUUCAAGCUUCCCUGUGUCAGCUGUUCAUAGAAUCGGGAUCUUAGAUAUUCGAAUCUUUAACACAGAUAGACAUGGUGGAAAUUUGUUAGUAAGAAAGAUGAAAAGUUCUGAAGUUGGAAGAUUUAGUGAAGUUGAAUUGAUACCUAUUGAUCAUGGUCUCUGUUUACCUGAAAAUCUAGAAGACCCGUAUUUUGAAUGGAUCCAUUGGCCACAAGCAUCGAUUCCAUUUUCAGAUGAUGAACUUGAAUACAUUGAAAAACUCGAUCCUUUUCAUGAUUCAGACAUGUUAAGAUCUGAACUUCCAAUGAUAAGAGAAGCUUGUUUAAGGGUUUUGAUUUUGUGUACAAUUUUUUUAAAAGAAGCAGCUGGAUUUGGUUUAUGUGUUGGUGAAAUUGGGGAGAUGAUGAGUCGGGAAUUUCGUAGGGGUGAAGAGGAACCGAGUGAACUCGAGGUUUUAUGUAUGGAUGCAAGAAGAUUAUUAGCUGAAAAAGAAAAUGAAAAUGAAAAUGAAAAUGAAAAUGAUAUCACCUUUGAUAAUCAUGAAAAUGAGAAUCAAUUUCAGUUUGAAAUUGAUUUUGAGGAUUCUGUUUCUUCCUUUGACUUUACACCUAAAAUGUCGGAGAAUUUCAUAAACAAUAAUCUUUCAUUCCAUUUGAGAAACCCGCUUUCGAAACUUGAAGAAGAUGAAAGUGAAGAAGAUGUUUCAAAGCUGUCAAUGUCUUUGAAGAACAGCUGUAGUUUUAGUGAUAAGCUGAAGAAGAAAACAGAGAAUAUGAGUUAUGUAGGAGUGAAUUCAUCAUCUGGACACAGGAGUGCCAAUGAGUUGAUGCCAGCUGGCGCUAGUUUUGUGAAGCUUUCAGACAUGAAUGAAGAAGAAUGGAGUUUGUUUCUUGAAAAGUUUCAGGAUUUGAUUUACACAGCUUUUGCAAAACGUAAGUCAAUUUCAAUAGGACAAAGGCAAAGGCAAAGGCUUGGGACUUCUUGCCAGUUUUGA